UAUUUUACUAUAUCUGUGAAUGUCAAUUUUUGUCCUUUCAUGUUGACGUCGGUUCUUUGCGAACGUCGAGCCCGCAGUUGAGCCCUUCAAAUAAUCAAAAUGUCGCUCGUAAUACCGGACAAGUUUCAACAUAUUCUUCGUAUCAUGAAUACGAACAUCGAUGGCAAACGUAAAGUUAUGUUUGCUAUGACUGCUAUCAAGGGAGUCGGGCGCAGGUAUUCAAACAUUGUGCUGAAAAAAGCUGAUAUUGAUCUUGACAAACGUGCUGGAGAAUGCACAGAAGAAGAGGUCGAAAAAAUUGUGACUAUUAUGUCCAAUCCUAGACAAUACAAAAUUCCAGACUGGUUUCUCAACAGACAAAAGGACAUUGUCGAUGGCAAGUACAGCCAAUUGACCUCGUCUAACUUGGAUUCCAAGCUCCGUGAAGAUUUGGAAAGAUUGAAGAAGAUCCGUGCUCACAGGGGUAUGAGACAUUACUGGGGCCUCCGUGUACGUGGUCAGCACACCAAGACUACUGGCAGACGCGGUAGGACUGUGGGUGUAUCUAAGAAGAAGUAAACAAUAAUAAAUAAUUAAAUUUCCAAA